AGGCGGAGGCGGCGCAUGGGGCGCGGCGCGGCGGGCGGCGCGGGGCGCUCCCGGCGGGGCAGCGCGGCCGCGGGCGGGACGCGCCGGGGCCGCAGCCGGAGUGCGAGGGGGAGCCCGGCCGGGGUCAAGGCGGAGCCCCCCGGGUCCGGCCUCAUCGAUGUGGGGGCGCAGAGCGGGCGCUGGGCCGCCUUCCAGGAGCGGCACCGGCUGAGCUGCGAGGAGGCGGCGCGGCUGCUGCUGGACGCGUAUGAAUACAGGGGUUUGGUGAAGCACACAGGGGGCUGUCAUUGUGGAGCCGUCCGCUUUGAGGUCUGGGCUUCAGCAGAUCUGCACGUGUUCAACUGCAAUUGCAGCAUUUGCACAAAGAAACAGAACCGACACUUCAUCGUGCCAGCGUCGCGUUUCAAGCUGCUGAAGGGUGCCGACAAUUUGACAACAUACACCUUCAACACACACCGUGCCCAGCACACGUUCUGCAAGACCUGUGGUGUUCAGAGCUUUUAUACUCCUCGUUCUAACCCUGAUGGUUAUGGAAUUGCUCCCCACUGUCUGGAUGAUGGCACUGUGCAGACCAUUAUCACAGAGGAUAUCAAUGGCAAGGAGUGGGAGAAAGCAGUGAGGGAACAUAAGACCAUCAGAGACAUGUCAAAACCCUGACACACCCUUCAGCAGCCUUGGGAGCACUGCCAUGGAACUGCAGUCCGGGGUUUCCUGGGUGAUGGUUGGUGAAAUCAGUCUCUACAUUACUGUUACCUGUUCUCUGUUUUCUUAAAUAAAUCUUUCUACACUGA